AUGGACCCGUUUUCUUUCUGCACUGAUCUCAUCCGCAUAGGCACCUUGCGGAUCUUUCUGUGGAUACUUGGGACCAUUGCUGUGGGCGUGAAUAUCCUCGUACUCCUCCUGAGGAUAUUGACAAAGGAACCAACGACGGCGAACACCAAGAUCAUCACAAGCCUCGCCGUGUCCGACCUCCUCAUGGGCGUGUACUUGUACAUCAUCGCGGCAGCGGACACCACAUUCAGGGGGUACUACAUCGAGGUUGACUGGAACUGGUGGGAGGUCAUCGGAUGUAAGAUUGCAGGAGUCCUCUCCGUCUUAUCAAGCGAGGUGUCCGUCUUCACUUUGACUAUCAUGUCAGUGGAUCGUUUCCUGGUUGUGGUGUUCCCGUUCAGUAAGCAAAAGAUCAACUUCAAGAAGGCGAAGAUAUUGGUGGCAUCAAUAUGGAUCUUUGGGGUCAUUUUAGCCGGUGCAACGUUCUGUGUUGACUACUUGCGACAUUCGUACUAUUCAAGAUUUGGCGUCUGUCUCUCGCUCCACCUGACAUCAGAAUCCGCCCCAGGCUGGGAGUACUCGGUCGCCAUCUUUUUAGGACUCAACCUCGUUGAAUUCAUGAUCAUCGCUGUACUAUACACUUGGAUGUACGUCAUCAUCAAACGCUCUGCAGAUAUGAUAAAACACAAGACCAGUGGGAAGAAGGGAGAAAACAAGGAACUAGUCGUUGCCCGCAAGAUGGCGCUGAUCAUCCUGACUGACUUUGCUUGCUGGAUGCCCAUCAUAAUUCUAGGUUUGGCUGCGAUCUCCGGGAAAGUCACGAUCCCUGGUGAUGUCUACGCCUGGAUUGCAGUAUUUGUGCUGCCGAUCAACAGCGCUAUGAACCCAAUACUCUACACACUGUCGUCUCUCGAUCUCAUCAAACUGAUAUGUGGAAAGAAAGAACCACAGUUGGAUUACUCUGGAAGCACUAGGACGAAUGUGUCUACCCUUGACGAAGAUGAUGAGGACGGUUCCCCUAAGGUAGUCAACUGUUACCCAGAGGGCAGUCAUCUCCUGCCUUACGUGGUGGAGGAGUCCAAUAUGCUGAACCUCGCCCACGCCAUGAAGACCGAAACGCCCUCACUGCCGCUGCGGGACAUGCGCAGCGUGCUAAAGGAUGUGGCCAAAGCCAUGGCAUCGCUGCAUGAAAGAGGCCUGAUUGCGAGCAGUGUGACUGUAAAUGACGUUGGGAUAAUUGUCAGCAACGGAAAUGAGACGGUGUGGCGUUUGAACUUGAUACGAAGCGUCACGAUGAAAACGACAACACACCGAUGCGUUACUAUGGAAAGGACAACAAACCGAGCGUCCCUAUGGAAAGGACAACAAACCGAGCGUCACUAUUGA